AUGGCAUUAAGAUUUCCAAGGUUUAGCCAAGGCUUAGUUCAGGACCCCACUACUCGUCGUAUUUGGUUUGGUAUUGCUACCGCACAUGACUUCGAGAGUCAUGAUGAUAUUACUGAGGAACGUCUUUAUCAGAAUAUUUUUGCUUCUCAUUUCGGACAAUUAGCAAUCAUUUUUCUGUGGACUUCCGGGAAUCUCUUCCAUGUAGCUUGGCAAGGAAAUUUUGAGGCAUGGGCACAGGAUCCUUUACAUGUAAGACCUAUUGCUCAUGCAAUUUGGGAUCCCCAUUUUGGUCAACCGACUGUAGAAGCUUUUACGCGAGGAGGUGCGCUUGGCCCAGUGAAUAUUGCCUAUUCCGGUGUUUAUCAGUGGUGCGGGCUGGUUACACCUACAACCGAAAUGGAAACCGAGCGUUUCGUGGUUUAA